CAAAAAGACAUCUCUGUGUAGCGUUGAGUCAUGGUUAAAUGUGUCGGCGUUGUAUUAAAUUGUCAUAAGAUGUAUUUUUAUGCGAUAAAAAUCGGUAUCAUAUGGAAUUUAUCAUGUUUAUGGUGAUGUGUUCAUCUCAUAGGCAAGCUAAUAUAAGCGAAGCUAGCAGGCUAACAGGCUAACAGGCUAGCCACAUCUGAGUGGAUCCAGUUCUUCAGAGACGCAGGAAUCCCUCCGGGUAUGGCUGCCACCUACGCUAUGUCCUUUGUAGACAACAGAAUUCAGAAGACCAUGCUGAUGGAUCUCAGUAAGGACAUCAUGAUGGACUUGGGUAUCACAGUCAUUGGGGACAUUAUUGCCAUUCUCAAACACGCCAAGCACGUGUACAGACAGGAUAUGUGCAAAAUGGCCACUGACGCUAUCUCCUCUGGUCAGACCAGCGUUCAGGCUGAGCUGAGGCGCACUGCCAAAACCCCCGCCACACGCAUGAUCGCCAAUGCCUUGAGUCGAGACUCCCCACCGAGCACGCCCGCGCGUCGCCCUGACAACCGUCUCUCAGUGACCAUCUCCAACAAGAGCUCCAAAAUGGUUGCCAGUCAGCCUUCAGCAGAGGCGAACGGAUUGCCGGUGAAACGCCGGCGAGUGACUUCAGAGAUGGAGGGGAAGUACAUCAUCAGCAUGCCAAAGGGCACCACCGCCCGAAGCCGACGCAUUUUGGCCCAGCAGGCUAAGAAAGCCAAGAGUUUGAAACGUACUUCUGUGUUUGAGAGACUGGGCUCAGAGUCUAAGACGGACGCAGGAACGGCCAAUAAGCAGGUAACAGGUGUUUUCAGCCGUCUGGGCAAAGUGGAUGAAGAUGACGAUGCAGAGAGGGAUAUGGCGGACGGCGCCGCUGCCGACGAUGGCGAGGACAGUGAUGGCGAAGGCUCUGUGCUUCAGUAUGCCGGUGUCCUUAAACGACCCCUACCGCCUUCCAAAAAAGAGCCUGUGGCCCAAAAAGCUGAACCUGUCACUCUGUAUCGCCUGGGCAACAAAUCUAAACUCCCCCUAUCAGAGAGCACUCCCCCCGCUGUUCCCUCCUCCACCUCUUCCAGCCAGGAGGGGGCGCCCAAACGGAGAAUAUUGCGAAGGUUGGGUAAAGCUCCCACAGCCAGCCCUGCCCCUGCGUCCUCUUCCAUCUUACGAUCUAGCCAAUCAACAGAGACUCAGGAUAGUCAGGUGACUAGCAGUAAGAGCAAGGCGAGCUCUGCUCUGGCCAGCCCCAAAGUCAGCAGCAGCACAGGGACGGGCAGGGACUCGCAUGGGGCUCAGAUGGACGCUACCACAGUCAGUGUGUUCAAAAGACUCGGGGCCAAGAGGAUCUAAUGCACACAAACCUCAUCAACACUCCUUUCUUUUGGGUUCCUUAUCUCUAAAGUAUCCCAAAUUCAGGGUUUAAGAUUGAAGAGUAGUAGAAUACAUGUCCCCUUGGGGCAUAUAGGAAUGAUCACAUGCACCAAAAACAUUGUGCAAACUCUUAACUACUUGUCACAUACCUUCCUAUACCUCUAAAAUCCCUCCAGUUUCAGAAAGACCCUUCAGAUUUUUGGGGGGGUCUCUGUGGCAGUUUUGUACAGCAAGGCAGUUAGGUAUGUGCUGAUAUCCUUUGAACACAUUUUGCAAUAUUACAAUGUAUUAUUUAAGAGAUUUUUACUUGCAUCUUUACACACUGGGCAGAAAUUUACCUGAAAAUUCAGACUGAAUUUGCAGUUGUGUUUUGUUUCAUAGAGCGUACAUCAAUUUGGGAUUGCAUUCUCUGAGAACGAAACACGAUUGAACCUUUGCAUUUUUUCAAAAUAAGGUACCUGGGAAGGCCUUGUUUUUUAUGCUGCUGGAUUAGUGAAAAUAUUGUGGGUGUUGAAUAUCACAGAUUCACCCACUUCACGUCAAUCUGCCUCGCUUGCAUUACUGUAAUGUCCUUUAAUGUCCCCAUCUCCACUUAACUGUCCACCAACCAUCCCUUUUUCAUUCCGUGUAGCCAUUAAAAGACUUGUGAAAUGAUGUGAUAGACUUGCACACUGUACCUCCAGUC